AUGGAUGAAUUGCAAAACCCAGAAAGCGAACCAGUUCCAAAACCAGCUGUAGAUCCCGACACCAAUGUCAAGGAAAAUGAAGAUAGCCAGAAAAAUUCAGAUUCUACUGAUGACGUUUCUCCACCAGAAAACCCUGACCAGAAUCAUGAACCAGAACCAAACGCAUUAACCAAAGCAUCUCCAACUUUAGAAAGCGAUCAAAAACCUAAAGAUUCCCCAACAGAAACAUCAAGUGCAACUGCUGAAGGAGACUCUGUACAAGAUCCGCCAAUAGCACCUACUGACGCAACAAUUACCGAAGGAGAUGUACCAACAGCGAGUGAACCAGAAACAUCUCCUGCUGAGGCAACGAGCGAAGCAGUUCAAGGUUCAGAUACAUCAGGCGAAGUAACAAAGGCAGCGAGUGAACCAGAAACAACUCCUGCUGAGGCAGCUGAAGGUUCAGAUACAUCAGGUGAUCUGACAAAGGCAGCGAGUGAACCAGAAACAACUUCUGCUGAUGCAACGAGCGAAGCAGUUGAAGCUCCAGAUACAUCAGGUGAUCUGACAAAAGCACCGAGUGAAUCAGAAACAACGCCUGCUGAGGCAACGAGCGAAGCAGCUGAAGGUCCGGAUACAUCAGGAGAAGUAACAAACGCAACGGCUGAAGGUCCAGAUACAUCAGGUGAUCUGACAAAGGCAGCGAGUGAACCAGGAACAUCUCCUGCUGAGGCAGCUGAAGGUCCAGAUACAUCAGGAGAAGUAACAAAGGCAGCGAGUGAACCAGGAACAUCUCCUGCUGAGGCAGCUGAAGGUCCAGAUACAUCAGGAGAAGUAACAAAGGCAGCGAGUGAAGCAGAAACAACUUCUGCUGAGGCAACGAGCGAAGCAGUUGAAGCUCCAGAUACAUCAAGUGAUCUGACAAAGGCAGCGAGUGAACCAGAAACAACUUCUGCUGAUGCAACGAGCGAAGCAGUUCAAGGUUCAGAUACAUCAGGCGAAGUAACAAAGGCAGCGAGUGAAGCAGAAACAACUUCUGCUGAUGCAACGAGCGAAGCAGUUCAAGGUUCAGAUACAUCAGGAGAAGUAACAAAGGCAGCGAGUGAAGCAGAAACAACUUCUGCUGAGGCAACGAGCGAAGCAGUUCAGGGUUCGGAUACAUCAGGCGAAGUAACAAACGCAACGGCUGAAGCAGUUGAAGCUCGAGAUACAUCAGGUGAUCUGACAAAGGCAGCGAGUGAAGCAGUGGACACAUCAAUGGCGCCAACGGCGAAUGACGUGGCAAGCAUAGAAGGUGAUCCACGGACGGUACCUGAUGAUACAAAAAAGACCGCUGACGAAGUAACAUUAGGCACAGCAGCACUAGUGGAUGGUGGCAAUGGACUAACGACAACAGCUACGGAUUCGACAAACGCAAGUGAUGAACCAAAAUCAAUAUAUGGUAAUUCAGUAAAUGUAGAGGAUGAAACAAAAGUUCCAGACGAUAUACCUCCUACAACGAAUGUGGAAGAUCUAUCAACUUCAGAAACUACUGAGCCAGCAACUUCAACCAAUACAUCGCCAGAAACAGCUCUGAACUCUGCAAAUGCUGAAGAUAGUGCGAAAGCAUCGUUAGCAGGCUCACAAGCCGGAAUUAAUGGUACAACAGCAGUGUUUCAGGACUCGGCAAAUACAAAUAAUGAAGCGAGAACCGGCAGGGACGAUGCAGAUGGCAAAAACCAAGUGGAUCCAGUAUCAAAUCAAGAAGAUUUAUUAGCAUCACCAUUAACUAAUAAAGACGAUCGAACAUCAAGGAAAUCUGUCAGUGUUGAAGCUAAUGAAGAUACUGUACCAGUACCUGUUAACAAUGAUGAAGAUCUUCUGCAAAGCAGCAAGAACCAAAUACCAGAGAAACGUAUUGAUCAGCUUGUGAACUCACGUAUUACAACAGCAUCCCCUAAUGACAGAACGAAUGUCAAAUCAGCAUCUGACGAUGAGAUACUUCGUACCAAUGAAACGUCCAAAACGCUCAAUCGGGACGUCGAAAUAGGAACUGCUGAAGAAAUAGAGACUCUUCUUGAACCCAGAAAGCCAAAACCAACGCCAAGCCAAUCGGAUGAUAUCGUAGACAAAAUUAUGUCAUUAUCAGAAAAGUUUACAGUAGUUGCUGUAAUAGCUGGUAUUCUAAUGUUUCUACCCAUAGCUCAAGUAGUCAUUGGUAGCUUGUACAAGAACAGUUGUCCUUUAAAUAAUCUUAUUCCAACGUAUCUUCUCGUGUCUGGUAUUCUUGGCAUAUGCUUACUCAUAUCCAUCGUUUGUAUGGGAUGUGUUUGGAUAUUCGGCGCAAGUACAUUUAUACAAUUUACUAAUCCUUUAGAUACAUACUAUUAUUGUGAUGUGACAGUUUUCUAUGGUGCUUUCAUAACAUUGAUCAUUACUUCUGUACUCGUGGUUAUUUUUAUGUGUGGCAGCUGCUGUAUUCGAGCAGCGCGACUCGAACCUGAUGAAGAAGUUUAA